GUGAUUGUUAUAUUUUGGACUACUUUCACGAUCGUGCUCACAGCAUGGCCACGGAAGCAGCACCCCCGUCUAACAAAACAUGGGAGCUCAGUUUGUACGAACUGCAAAGGACGCCGCAAGAAGCGAUAACUGAUAAUACUGAGAUUGCAGUAUCUCCAAGAAGUCUGCACAGUGAGUUAAUGUGCCCAAUAUGUCUAGAUAUGUUAAAAAAUACUAUGACCACAAAGGAAUGUCUGCACCGAUUCUGUCAAGAAUGCAUAAUAACAGCUCUUCGCAGCGGCAACAAAGAGUGUCCGACAUGCAGGAAGAAGCUGGUUUCAAAAAGGUCUUUGAGACAUGAUCCAAAUUUUGAUGCUUUAAUAUCCAAAAUCUACCCCAGUAGGGAUGAAUAUGAAGCGCACCAGGAACGUGUGCUUGCCAAACUGAAUAAACACCACAACCCCGCAGCUCUAACAACCAGCAUCGAGGAGGGACUGCGGCUCCAAGCCAUGAACAGAGCGCAACGGGUGAGAAAACAGGUGAACGAGGACCCCAGGGUUGAGGGAUCAACGUCUGGGGAGAUCCAACCCCGAAAACGUGUUGCCAGAGAACAUUCCCAUGACUCUAACCCGGAUAAUGUGUCGGUGGAGGAUGAAGGAGGAGCAGGGUCCACUACUGGUUCAGAGACAGGAACAGUUGAGCUUGUAGCCCCUCCCGUCAGUGAAAUUGAGCUGGUCUUCAAGCCACAUCCUAUGGAUGAAAUAGAGGACAUAGCUGCGUACACUAGAUAUAUUAAAACAACAGCAAAUGCAUCUGUUGAUCACUUGGCCAAAUAUUUGUACAUGAGACUUGCCUUGGAAAGACAGGCAAGAGAACCAGGUACUUCCACAGAGGAUUCUGGGGAUAAAAACUACACGAUAUACAUCUCCCCUACUCCUGGCUCCCACGUCCUCCUCUCUGGAGCCCUGACCUUGGAGCAAGUCAAUGAAAAAUACUGGAAAGUGAACAAGCCAUUAGAAAUGUUUUAUUCAUCAAAAAAGCCUCUUCAGAAUACCCCCAGUACAGGAUCUCCCAAUGAAAAAAGACCCAAGGAAAAAGAGAAGGAUAUGGAAGAAGUGUAGUGAAAAUGAUAGAUUUAGAUCCUUAUUUCAUAUGUGAAGUCAAAAGAGCAUCUUGAUUACACAGGUUGUUGUGAACAUGGUUUUGUUCCAUGUUAUAUCACAGUGAAAUGUAACAAAACUCAUGUGACUACUGUGAUUCAUUUAUUUGAUGCUAUAUGAAAUAUACAUCAUGUAAAUGAAUGACAUUUGUUAUUUUCUUGUAUGCCAGCUUUUUGCUCAUUUUCAUCAUCAUUGUAGGAGAGAUAACUUGCCUUUGUCAAUGUUUUCUUAAAAAGAAAAAGGUUUGCAAAUUUUUGUCAGCAACACCAGUUUACAAAAACAGUUUAACGACAAGUGAGACUAUAUAGACUCACAAACUACCAUUGCUUUGGUAUUUAACAGUGGGAAUAGAUAAUUGAGAUGCCUGGAAUAUAGGAAUUGAUUGUGCCAGAUGAGAAUAACAUUUAAUUGUGUUAGAUGUGUUUUCACCCUAUAGAUUCCGGAGGUCCCAGCUCUAUGUACAACUGUAAACACAAACACAUUUACUCUGAACUUUUUCAAGUGUCUUUCUGUGGUAAUUGCAUACAUCUUACGUAUUAACUGUUAAUUCAUGUAGCAAGUAGGAAAAUAAUGUAAAUACCAAAUAGACCGUUUAGGGUUGCCGAAAAAGUGUUCAUAACUUGUUGCUGUUGUAAAUAUAUUGUAAUGUCUGUCUUCAUCGACAUUGUAGUGCACAUGAACAAAACAAGAAGACUGGUGCAUGAUAUAAAAGUAUUCAAAUAAAUAAAGUUAAUAUAACUUC